AACAGAGCACUGGGCACCUGUAGAGACUGACCCCAGCAUUCCAAGGCCUGCUGGAGCCGCCUGCCUCCUUAGUGCCAGCGCCACCUUCCAUGGCCCCCGAAAUGGACCAGUUCUACAGGUCCACCAUGGCCAUCUACAAGAGCAUCAUGGAGCAGUUUAACCCUGCACUAGAGAAUCUUGUGUACCUGGGCAACAACUACCUGCGGGCCUUCCAUGCCCUGUCCGAGGCGGCGGAGGUGUACUUCAGCGCCAUCCAGAAGAUUGGGGAACAGGCUCUGCAGAGCUCCACAUCACAGAUUCUGGGUGAGAUCUUGGUUCAGAUGUCAGACACUCAGCGGCACUUGAACUCAGAUCUGGAGGUGGUGGUGCAGACAUUCCAUGGAGACCUGCUCCAGCACAUGGAGAAGAACAGCAAGCUGGACAUGCAGUUCAUCAAGGAUAGCUGCCAGCACUAUGAAAUUGAGUAUCGUCACCGAGCAGUCAACCUGGAGAAGUGCAUGUCUGAGCUGUGGCGCAUGGAGCGCAAGAGGGACAAGAAUGCAAGGGAGAUGAAGGAGAGCGUGAACCGGCUGCACGCACAGAUGCAGGCCUUCGUGUCCGAGAGCAAGCGCGCAGCCGAGCUGGAAGAGAAGCGUCGCUACCGCUUCCUGGCUGAGAAGCACCUGCUGCUCUCUAACACCUUCCUGCAGUUCUUGGGCCGGGCCCGGGGGAUGCUACAGAACCGCGUGCUGCUGUGGAAGGAGCAGACCGAGGCCAGCCGCAGCCCGUCGCGUGCCCACUCCCCGGGGCUGCUGGGCGCAGCACUGGGGCCGCCCUACCCCUCGGGCCGCUUGACGCCCACCCGGCUGGACAUGCCCCCGAGGCCCCUGGGAGAGUAUGGCUCCCCCCGCAGCCGGCAUGGCUCCGGGUCCUACGGUCCAGAGCCCGCCGAGGCGAGGUCCGCGUCCCAGUUGGAGCCAGACCGCCGAUCACUGCCCCGGACGCCGUCGGCCUCCUCGCUCUAUGCUAGCAGCACCCAGCGCUCCCGGUCCAAUUCCUUCGGCGAGCGCCUGGGCGGCGGGGGUGCCAGGAGAGUCCGCGCCCUGGUCUCCCACUCGGAGGGUGCCAACCACACGCUGCUGCGCUUCUCGGCUGGAGACGUUGUUGAGGUGCUGGUGCCCAAAGCUCAGAACGGCUGGCUCUAUGGCAAGCUGGAGGGCUCGUCCGCGAGUGGCUGGUUCCCUGAGGCCUAUGUGAAACCUUUGGAGGAGAUGCCAGUGAACCCCAUGAACCCUGUAGCCCCCAUGAACUCCACGGCCCCCAUGAGCCCAAGGAACGAACUGCCUUCCAGGUCCUACCCGCUCCGGGGCAGCCACAGCCUUGAAGACCUCUUGGACAAGCCAGGCAACCCCGCAGCUGCAUCAGACUACUGGGAUAGCCAGUCUCGGUCCCGGAACCCGAGCCGUGCCCCCAGCCCCGUGCCCACACCCCUGUCCAGCAGCAGGCGGAGCAGUGUGGGCAGCAUGGGGGCAGCCACCGAUGUCAAGAAACUCAUGUCCUGGGAACAGCAACCCCCAGAGCUCUUUCCACGGGGUACAAAUCCCUUUGCCACCGUGAAGCUGCGCCCCACUGUCACCAACGACCGCUCAGCACCCCUCAUCCGCUGAGGCCGAGUCCUGCACCAGGGCCUGAGGUGGCCCAGCACACCUGCCCAGGGCUCUUCCCGCAGCAGCAGCAGCAGCAGCAGUGGAUCCAAGAUGCCAGGCGCUCGUACCCAGGGGACCAUCCCUACCCCUCUGCCCGAAGUCCAAGAGCUCCCUGAGGGCUGGGCCUGCAACACGGAGCAGGGGGAAGGGGGCGGGGUCACAGAGCAGCUUUGGGGGCCCAAGACUCCCCAGGAUCCAGCCUCCCAGCUUCUUCCCGCCUAUGCCCCAAAGGCAAAGGCCUCCUCUUCCACCCCACGUCCCUGUUUAACUUUUGUAAAUGAUAAAAAUAAAGAAAGUGGGCACAGUGGCA